AUGAGUAUAAACGACGAAAAUAUUGCGCGGUGCUUAGAAAUAGAAGUGUCAGAUGAAGAGGAGAGACUGAAUGAAAUACCAGCGACGUGGAGCUCGAUGUUGCGGAAGAUUAUGUGCUCCAAGAGGACUGUGAAUAUGACUCUGAAGAUGGAGACUAAAAGUAAAGACGGCAGGCCACCAAAACGGGUUAGCAGUAGAAGAUAUAGAAUUAAUGAUGUGCAGAUUGAGGAAUGGCUUGAAGAAUUAGAAGAAGAAAACGAGUUUAGCGAUUUUGAUGAUUCGGUAGAAGAUCCUAAUUAUGUGGAAGGGAAUGUUCUCGAGCAGCAAGAGGUACUCGAAGAAUUUGAGGAACAGAAUAUCCAAUCGAAUGAAAGGGAUUUCGACUCUGAAGAUGAAGAGCCCUUUAGCUCUUUAGCUUCUCGGGAUCAAGGUGGUCCAAACUACAUUGGGAAAAAUGGAUUUUUAUGGUCUAAGAAGGAAAUAGUGAAAACAAGCAGAACUCCUGCACAUAAUAUUAUUCAUGUAUCUCGGUCAACCGAGGAGCUUGUUUUCAGAAGUAUUGACGACCUAUGGUCAAAAAUUUUUGACUCUCAAAUAGUAGAGACAGUUGUAUUAUACACCAACCAAAAACUACUAACCUAUCGAGAACGUUUUCGCAACACAAACAGACAGGAACUCAAAGAUACAAAUGAAACUGAAAUGCGAAGUUUGUUUCGCCUUUUGUACUACAGCUCAGUAUUUAAAUGCAAUGGCGCAGACGCUAACUAUUUAUUUGCUACAGAUGGCACCGGGCACGAAAUUUUCCGCUGUGUGAUGUCUAAAUACCGAUUCUGUACAUUAAUCAACUGCUUGAGAUUAGACAACGGAAUGGAUCGCCAAGAACGUUUGAAAUCCGAUAGAUUAGCAGCUAUAUCGUGGUUCCAAACUACGAAGAGGGGACUUUUUGCUAUAUUUAGCACGAGAAUUGGUAAUUCCGAGCUUAAAAGAACGCGUUUAUAA